UUCUAUCCAAAAACAUGCCGCACCAACUGCCUAUGAGGCCGAUAAAGAUUAUUGGUCUUUGAAAACUACCAUCGAUGAUAUUAGAGCGAAAUAUGGAUUGGGUGGUAAUAGAAUCAAAGAUCCAAACCUAGAAUCGAAUUCGGAUUUGGAUUUAGAAAUCGACUUGACUGUUGCCGAUGUAAAAAAACUUGCCAAGAUUCAACAAUUGUUGGAGAAAGCAGCACAGGAUUUAUCCUUAUUAGUUUCAGCUUCACCACCGGAAAUUUUUACUUCUGAUAGUCAUGCGGAUGAUGAGCAAGUUACUAUCAAGGCAAAUGUUAAAAAGGCAUUGUGGCUUGUUGAAGAUGAUGAUGUUUCGGGAUAUGCAAAACAGGCAAUUAAAAAUUUUAGGGAAAACAGAGUUGCGGGAGAU